GUUGCCCAGUGGAGUCGCGAAAACGGAUCGUGUUGGAUUCAGAAGUCAUCAUGGCGCUCACUCCGCCAGUCGAAGAGCACCCGUACAGCCGUCUAAUCGACACCCUGAAAGACGGCAAGAUCAAGUUCUUCAAUCCACAGAAACUAAAUGAUCCGAGAUAUGACAAGCUGCCUCUGUCCAUCCGGGUCUUACUGGAGGCAGCGAUCCGUAACUGCGACGGUGUCUACACCAAAGAAGAAGACGUCCAGAACCUUCUGGACUGGCAGCGGCAGCAGAAUAAAGCCGAGGUGCCGUUCUCUCCGGCGCGAGUCCUUCUUCAGGACUUCACUGGUAUUCCUGCCAUGGUGGACCUGGCAGCCAUGAGGGACGCCGUGGCCAAACAUGGCGGCGACCCCGGACUGGUCAACCCGAAGUGCCCCACAGACCUCAUCGUAGACCACUCAUUACAGAUCGACUACAGCAAAUGUGCCAUACAGAAUGCACCAAACCCCGGCGGAGGCGACGGUCCAAACCCAAGCCCGGGUCCUUCCCGCGCCACGCCCUCCAGGCGAGGCUCGCAGUGCGGGAGCCAGCGGGGCUCCUGCAGCAAAGCCAUCGGCAGUGACCCUCCGGCCUCCCCCGGAGCCUCGGUGCAGCAGAUCGAGAACUCUCCCCUCCUCUGCCCUUUCCACCUGCAGCCGGUGUCUGACACGGACACCGCUCUGAAGACUCAGGAAGUGGAGCUCAGCCGAAACAAAGAGCGGCUUCAGUUCUUUAAGUGGUGUUCCAAAGCCUUUAAGAAUGUGAACGUGGUUCCUCCGGACGUGGGCGCGGUCCACCAGGUGAACCUGGAGUAUCUGUCCAGAGCGAUCCAGGUCACCGACGGGUUCGUCUACCCAGACAGCGUGGUGGGAACCGACUCCCACACCACCAUGAUCAACGGCCUGGGCAUCCUGGGCUGGGGUGUUGGGGGAAUUGAGUCCGAAGCGGUGAUGCUGGGCCAGCCGGUGACUCUGACCCUCCCUCACGUGGUGGGCUGUAAACUCGUGGGCUCCAUCAACCCUCUGACCACCUCCAUCGACAUCGUCCUCGGCAUCACGAAGCACCUGCGGCAAGCCGGGAUCGCCGGGAAGUUCGUGGAGUUCUUCGGCCCCGGCGUCUCCCAGCUCUCGGUCCCCGACCGGACCACCAUCGCCAACAUGUGCCCGGAGUACAACGCCACCGUCAGCUUCUUCCCCGUGGACCGCGUCACCCUCAAGCACUUUAAAAAGACGAAUUUCACCGAGGAGAAACUCGAAUUACUGGAGUCUUACAUGCGAGCUGUGAAACUUUUCCGGAGCUACGAAGAGGCCUCAGAAGACCCCCAGUACUCUGAGGUGAUCGAGAUCAACCUGAGCUCCAUCGUGCCCUACGUCAGUGGACCGAAGAGGCCCCAGGACCGAGUGGCGGUCAGCAGCAUGAAAGAAGACUUCCAGAGUUGUCUGAAUGAGAAAGUCGGCUUCAAAGGCUUCCACGUCUCCAAGGAGAAGCAGGACAAGCGCGUCCCUUUCCUGCACGGCGGUCAGGAGUACCAGCUGGCCCACGGCUCGCUGGUCAUCGCCGCCGUCAUCAGCUGCACCAACAACUGCAACCCGUCCGUCAUGCUGACGGCAGGUCUACUGGCCAAGAAGGCUGUGGAGGCGGGGCUUGUUGUCAAGCCUUAUAUCCGGACCAGCUUGGCUCCUGGAAGUGGCAUGGUCACUCACUACCUCAACACCAGUGGAGUCCUGCCUUACUUUAGCCAGCUGGGGUUUGAGGUGAGCGGUUACGGCUGCGCCACCUGCGUCGGCAACACGGCGCCGCUGCCCGACGCCGUCGUGGACGCGAUCAAACAGGGGGACCUGGUGGCCUGCGGCGUGCUGUCCGGCAACAGGCACUUUGAAGGGCGCCUGUGCCACUGCGUGCGCGCCAACUACCUGGCCUCGCCGCCCCUGGUGGUGGCGUACGCUCUGGCGGGGACGGUGGGGAUCGACUUCGAGAAGGAGCCCGUGGGUGUGACCUCGGAGGGGAAGGAGGUGUUUCUCUGUGACAUCUGGCCCACCAGGGAGGAGGUGCAGCAGACGGAGGAGGACACCGUCAUCUGCUCCAUCUUCAGGGAUCUCAGGGGCCGGAUGGAGAAAGGGAACUCCAUGUGGAACAACAUUGAAUGUCCAGAUUCGGUUCUCUUCCCGUGGGAUCACAAGUCCACGUAUAUCCGCUCGCCGUCCUUCUUCAGCAAGUUGAGCAAAGAGGUGCCGCCUCCCCCGUCGAUAGAGAACGCUCACGUUCUGCUGUUCCUCGGGAACAAAGUGCUGACGGACCACAUCUCGCCGGCGGGCAGCAUCGCCCGGGUCAGCGCCGCCGCCAAGUACCUGCUGAGCAAACGUUUGACGCCGCGGGAGUUCAACUCGUACGGCGCCCGCCGAGGGAACGACGCGGUGAUGACCAGAGGAACGUUCGCCAGCAUCAAGCUCCAGAACCGCUUCAUCGGCAAACCGGGCCCCAAAACCCUGCACAUCCCCUCAGGCCAGACGAUGGACGUCUUCGAGGCGGCCGAUCGCUAUCAGAAAGACGGCGUUCCCCUCAUCAUCCUGGCAGGAAAAGACUACGGCUCGGGGAACUCCAGGGACUGGGUCGCCAAAGGACCAUACCUGCUGGGGGUUCGCGCGGUCAUCGCCGAGAGCUUCGAGAAGCUGCACAAGAGCCAGCUGGUGGGGAUGGGCAUCAUGCCGCUCCAGUUUCUGCCCGGCGACAGCGCCGACUCGCUGGAGCUCAGCGGCAAGGAGAGGUUCAGCAUCGCCCGGCCCGACAGCCCGAGGCCCCGGCAGCAGCUCACAGUGGAGACCAGCCAAGGGAAGUCCUUCUCCGUCACCGCGCUGUUCGACACGGAGAUGGACGUCACGUACUUCCGACACGGCGGCCUCCUGCGAUACGUCGCUCGGACUUUGCUCUGAAGCCCGACGGCGCCCGGCGGUUCUUCAUCAUCAUCUUAAAUUAUGACGAAGAGCGACACGGAUGGCGAGCGGCGAUGAACCGCUUCAGACUUUUGGAGUCGUAUUUUCGUUCUCGACCUGAGCUCCCCGUGACUUUCUUCGGGAACGUUUCUCCUCGGGAGAAGACGACCCGUGACAUUCGCUCAACGAGGAGCCUGAACCCGACGCGACCUUUUGAAACAUCUUUUUAAUUAUUCUUUUAUGUUUUUAUUGUGUCGGAGGCUGGAUUAUUGCUGCGUGCCGAGGGGACAUUUGUCAUAAAGUUUCUGCUUCUGUUGUCGCCUAGAGAGACGUCGAUGGAGCUCGGCUCGGCGGCUUCAAUACUUCAUUUUUUUUAAAGGCUAUUUCCUGUUUUUACCAACAUCCAAGUAAAGUCUCAUUUUGCAGAAUUGACGUCGUUCUGGGGGAAAUGUGAAAUCCCUCUUGGCGUCAUCACUCGGCUACAUAAACAUGUCCCCACCCCCCACCCCCCCCCCCCCCCCGACGGCUUUCCAUUAAAGGUAAAUUAUAAAUCACGAAAGUUUUCUUGUCCUUAAUAAACCCAUUAAUAAUAAUCCAUAACGGUUUGAUGCCUUUUUGAGCCAAAACAAAGACACAUUUUGUCUUCGUACCCAAAGAAUUAAAUAUGACCAAAAUGCAAUAUUCUCGUUGUUCUGGCCGUAGAGGUUUUGUUUUUGUUUUGAAGGAUCACAACAGACGGCCUUAAACCUCUCCGAGAGCUUUUAAAUCUCUUCCUGCGGCCGCAGCGCUCGCCGGGGAUUGCAGAGGCGUUUAAUUAAAAGGUUUGAAACCGAUGCAUUGUGGGUAAUGUUGGCGCCAGGGUUUGAGGAGAGAAACGCGUGUGGAGUACGGCAAGAAAAAGCAAAUUACUAUUUCUAUAUUUUUUUACAUAUUCUCACUUUUAAAAAUAUAUUUUAAUUUUUUUACUCUUCCCGGUCGUGACUCCGAUGUGGAGUUAAAAACUGCUUUAAAGUUCCGCGUCAUCAUGUCGUCGGUGUUUCUCACUUAGACUUCUGUCACUCCUUGAAUAUAAAUAAAGCUCUUUGCUUGA